AUGAACUGCCGGAGAGGUAAUCCGACAAUGCGAGCUUCGACGGUUUUACUCUGUGGUGUUGUUCUUAUUCAGCUGUUUGCUGCUCAAAUUCAUUCUCAAAGACCUAAAAGUCCAUGGCAGACUCUCAGUGGUGAUGCUCCUCUUGUGAUUGCUCGUGGUGGGUUUUCUGGAUUGUUUCCUGAUUCGAGUAUUGAUGCUUAUACUUUUGCAAUGCGGACAAGUGCAGCUGGUGUUGUUCUAUGGUGUGAUGUUCAGUUAACCAAAGAUGGCCAAGGCAUUUGCUUCCCUGAUUUAACAAUGAGCAACGGUUCAAAUGUUGAAAGUGUUUACCCAAAACGCCAAAAAAUUUACCCGGUUAAUGGAAUCCCUACUCAGGGUUGGUUCACCAUUGAUUUCACACUGAGAGAUGUCAAGGAAAUUUCUUUGAACCCAGGCAUAUGGACUCGGUCAGACAUGUUUAAUGGAAAUGUUGAGAUUUCGGUGGUUCAAAAGGUAGCCACCAUGCUGAAACCAGAUGGUUUUUGGUUAAAUGUUCAGCAUGACGCUUUCUACGCGCAGCAGAAUCUGAACAUGAGCAGUUUUUUGAUAUCAACUUCAAGAAUUGUUUCCAUUGACUACAUCUCUUCCCCUGAGAUGAAUUUCUUUAGGAAAAUUGCUGGCCAUUUCGGGCAUGCUGGACCAAGUUUCGUGUUCCAGUUUCUUGAGAAAGAAGAAAUCGAGCCGACAACAAACCAAACCUACGGUUCUAUCUUGCGUAACUUAACUUUUGUCAAGAUGUUUGCUUCAGGGAUUCUUGUCCCCAAGUCUUACAUAUUACCACUUGAUGACAAUCAGUACUUGCUUCCUCCUACAUCCUUAGCUCAAGAUGCUCACAAAGCAGGAUUAAAAGUAUAUGUGUUGGGCUUUGCAAAUGAUGUUGAUAUUGCAUAUAACUACAGUUUUGACCCAGUGUCUGAGUAUUUAUCUUUUAUAGACAAUGGUGAUUUCUCUGUUGAUGGUGUGCUCUCUGCUUUUCCCAUUACUGCAUCUGCAUCUGUUGACUGCUUCUCCCACAUUGGCAGUAACGCUACAAAACAAGUGGAUUUUCUUGUUAUAUCAAAAAAUGGUGCGAGUGCGGACUAUCCUGGAUGUACAAACCUGGCGUAUGAGAAGGCAAUCAAAGAUGGUGCCGAUGUUAUCGAUUGCUCAGUGCAAAUGUCCAGCGACGGUAAACCCUUCUGCUCAAGUUCGAUAGACCUCGAAGGCACCACAACGGUCGCCCAAACUCCUCUUAGAGACCGUUCAGUAACUAUCCCUGAGAUUAGCUCUGUUGCUAGAAUAUACACUUUUAGUCUCACAUGGUCUGAGAUUCGGAACUUGACUCCUGAAAUUAUAAGCCCCUACACUGAUUAUCCGUUAAGAAAUCCUAAUGAAAAAAAUUCUGGGAAGCUUAUUUUGCUUUCUGAAUUCCUCAAUUUGGCAAAGGAGUCUACUUCUCUUUCCAGCGUUAUGGUCAGUAUAGAGAAUGCAAUGUACCUGAGAGAGAAGCAAGGGCUCGAUGUAAUUAAAGCGGUUCUGGAUACACUCGCAGAAACUGGUUACCGCAAUGGAACAACCAAUACAAAAGUCAUGAUACAAUCAACCAACAGCUCGGUUCUAGUUGAUUUCAAGAAGCAAAACCAGUACCAGACUGUAUACAAAAUUCAAGAAACGGUUCGCGAUAUUCAGGACUCCGGUAUUGAAUACAUAAAGAAAUUCGCUGACGCUGUCGUCAUCCAAAAACAAUCUGUUUUUCCUGAAGCUGAUAGGUUUGUUACUCGGAAAACCAAUGUUGUGGAGAGGCUGCAGAAGUCUCGUCUUUCGGUUUAUGUGGAACUAUUUCAGAAUGAGUUUGCAUCUCAACCAUAUGACUUCUUUUCUGAUGCAACCAUUGAGAUCAACUCAUAUAUCACUGGAAUCGGUAUCAAUGGAACCAUUACCGAGUUCCCUUUUACAGCUGCAAGAUACAAAAGGAAUCGAUGUUUGGGCCAAAAACAAACUCCACCUUACAUGACCCCUGUCAAAACCGGUGGUCUCUUAAAAAAUAUCAGCCCUACGUCCUUACCUCCAGCCGAAGCUCCAAGAUUGGUUAUCACAGAUGCUGAUGUCUUUGAGCCACCACUACCUCCAGUUGUACAAAAAUCCCCAAAGUCGGCCGUCAGAACCUCAUCAACCUGUGCACAAGAACCUAGCAGACAAACUCAACUCGCUCUCUCUUUUAUCCUCUCUGUUUUUGCCUCUCUUAUGCGGGAGGCUGGUUAUUUGUAUCUAAUUGGCUGUCAACAACCAGGUGGUGUGGCUGUUUUAAGUGAUGAAUGA